AGGAAAUGACGCGACUGCAUCCUAGUUGAGAGGUCAAAACCAAAACGUUGUAAGCGCUCAAAUAUUAUUUGUAUAUUAACUUUUUUACGAUAUUAGACAUGGCAGCAACUAAAGAACUUUUGCAAAUGGACCUGUAUGGCCUACUUGAAGUUGAUGAGACAGCGUCCUCAAAAGACAUUAAAAAAGCGUACAGACAAAAAGCUCUGAAGUGCCAUCCAGACAAGAACCCUGACAACCCUAAAGCAGCGGAUCUCUUCCACCAGCUCUCUCAGGCUUUAGAGGUCCUGACGGAUGCUGCGGCUCGAGCUGCCUAUGAUAAAGUCCGUGCUGCCAAGAAGCGAGCAGUGGAGAGGACACAAAGACUUGAUGACAAGCGCAAGAAAAUCAAACUCGAUUUGGAGGCUCGUGAGAGACGAGCUGAAGCCCAUAAUGCAGAAGAGGUCAAAAUCACACGAACACUGGAAGAGGAGAUCACACGGUUGCGAGAGGAGGGUUCCAGACAACUCCAGGAGGAGCAGAAACUUAUUCAAGAGCAGAUUGAGCGUGAGAAAGCAGCCAGACUUCACACAGAUGGCUCUCACAUAGAUGGUGGUGCUGGAAACCAGGGAGGUGGCAGUGCAACCCCGAAACUAAAACUGAAGUGGAAGAGUAAAAAAGAAGAUGAGAAUAAUGGGGGCUAUUCACAGGAGUUUCUGUUUAGCCUACUCAAAAAGUACGGCGAUGUGCUGAAUGUUCUCAUAUCGAGUAAGAAGAAAGGGAGUGCUGUGGUGGAGUUUGCAUCUGCCAAAGCGGCUGACUUGGCGUUUAAGAAUGAGAGUGGCCUGAUGGGAAACCCGCUGAAAAUCUCCUGGCUGGAAGGGCAGCCUGAAGCCCCACCCAUAACCAUACACAAGUCAGACCCCGGCAGUAUGUUCACACACUCACAGGCCUCCCUGACCUCUGGCCGUGACUACGAGAGCCUGGUGCUGAUGAGAAUGCGGCAGGCUGCAGAGCGACAGAAGCUCAUUGAGGAGAUGCAGAGGGAAGAUGAGGAGAAUGAGGAGGAGGCAGUGACUGCCCAUGCCAAACCUAAGGCCAAAGCCUGACCCUAACACUGGAUCCCAUUGGCCCACUUAGGACACCUAAACCAGUGACAAGGUGUUUCAUUGGUUGACGUGACCAUGUUGGUCCAAUCAGUAUGUGUGGUGAUUUGAUCGGAGCUGAUGUCUUGGACAUGGCAAAUUGUUGAAUAAAUAUUGGAGACUGUUGUACCAAUGGCUUUAGUUUCAUAAAGUCAUGCUGCUUAGUUUGUGGCCAAUUUAAAUGCAUAUUUUUAUUGUGUAAUUUAAGUUUGGGGAAUGAAAUAAAUCUUGUUUUUUU